UUGUUUUUAUCUAGCAUUCUUCACUAGCACUGCACUGCAUUUUUUACUGGAUGCAUUCACCACUGGGCACCGUUACCGCAACGUCGUCGUCACCGUGACCGUACUGCAACCACCGCACUGCUCUUCUGGUUUCGCCCUCUCGGAGUACCAGAUUAUUGAGAUAGCUGAGAAUGUUUGUAAUCUGAAAAAGGCAGAAUAGGAUUGGAUAUUGCGCAUUGAUAUUGUGGAGAAUGAAGAUAGGUUGGCUGGAGCAUGCUCAAAACACUUGAAAGGUACCAAAAGUGCAGUGGAAGUUAGCAAACCAGCCAAAGAGCUUGAGCAGAGUAGCUACUGAGAGUACUUGAAGCUGAAAGGAAGAUUUGAAUCUCUUUGAAGGACUUAAAGGAACCUUCUAGGUGAAGAUUUGGGCCCAUUGAAUUCCAAACAACUUGGGCAGCUUGAGAGGCAACUAGAUUCAUCUUUCAAGCAAGUGAGGUCCACAAAGGUAAAGUCCUAAGUAUCAUGUCAAUGCUUUCUAGUCCUAAUGAUGAAUCUCAUGCUAAUGUUGAAGCUGCGUGUCCAUAGAAGUUUUACUCAUCCUUGGGCCUUCGGGUGUUUAAGACUUUGAGUUAAUCUACAAAGCGGGAAGAUUGAAGAUGAACUAAGCAGCUUACGUAUAACUCACCUUCUGCAACCUUAAUUUCGCUAAUUCACUCUCUCUACUGUUCCACCCAUGGCUCGAAACAAGGAAGCAUUGCUUUUGCUGCUUGAUGUGGGCCCAUCCAUGCAUUCUGUUCUUCCUGAAAUUGAGAAAGUAUGUUCCUUGCUUGUGCAGAAGAAGCUGAUCUAUAACAAAUAUGAUGAAGUAGGAAUAGUCUUAUUUGGAACUGAAGACACUGACAAUGAACUUACUUCAGAAGUGGGUGGGUAUCAACAUGUUGUGGUUUUGAAAGAUAUUAAAGUUGUGGAUGGAGAUAUUGUUGAGGCUUUGCAACAACUGCCUCGAGGAAAGAAUGACGGUGAUUUUCUUGAUGCUGUCAUUGUUGCCAUGGAUAUGUUGAUUAAAAAAUUUGGAGAAACAAACAAGGGAAAGAAACGUAUGUGUCUUAUUACAAAUGCGCAGUAUCCAAUAAAAGAAUCUUAUAAAGGAACGAAGGAAGAGCAAGUUACCACCAUUGCUAAACAAAUGACCGUCCAUGGUAUGAGGAUGGAAAGUAUAAUUCUGAGAGGAAAGCUUAGUCAAGAUGCAAACAAGGGAAUAAUGGAUGAGAAUGAUCGCCUGUUAAAUAUUUUUUCAAAGGAAACAUCAACAAGAUUGUUGUAUGUGGACAAUCCAAUUUCUUUGUUUGGUGCUCUUAGAACAAGAAAUAUAACUCCAGUUACAGUUUUCAGGGGGGAUAUUGAAUUCAGUCCAAAACUUAAAAUUAAGGUAAUGGUGUACAAGAAAACAUCAGAAGAGAAAUUUCCUUCUCUAAAGAAAUAUUCUGAUAAGGCUCCUCCAAAUGAUAAACAUGCUACACGUGAUGUCAAGGUAGAUUAUGAGUACAAGAGUUCUGAAGAUCCUGAUAAAGUUGUCCCCCCAGACCGAAGAAUUAAAGGUUAUCCUUAUGGGCCUCAAAUAGUUCCCAUAUCCUCUGCUGAGUGGGAGGCUGUUAAGUUCAAACCGGAAAAAGGUGUGAAGCUUUUGGGAUUUACUGAAUCUAACAAUGUACUUAGACACCAUUACAUGAAAGAUGUAUAUGCUUUCCUACCUGAACCUGGAAAUACAAAAGCCAUGCUUGCACUUUCUGCACUAGCAAGGGCUAUGAAGGAAAUGAAUAAGGUGGCAAUAUUACGUUGUGUCUGGAGACGGGGACAAUCGAAUGUUAUCAUUGGGGUCUUGACACCCAAUUUAUCUGAUAGAGAAAAUAUUCCCGAUUCAUUUUACUUAAAUGUACUACCUUUUGCCGAGGAUGUUCGGGAAUUUCAAUUCCCUUCCUUCACUAAUUUCCCAGCAUCGUGGCUUCCAAAUGAACUACAGCUAGAGGCUGCAGAUAACUUAAUUAAGACACUUGAUCUUGCACCACAUGGGCAACAGGAAGUUUUGCUACCUGACUUUACACCGAAUCCAGUGUUAGAGCGCUUUUAUCGUUAUCUUGAGCUGAAAUCAAAGGAUCCUGAUGCAGCAGUACCUCCUCUUGAUGACACACUCAAGAAAAUUACAGAGCCUGAUGGUGACCUGCUUUUGCAAAACAGAGCUGUAAUAGGUUCAUUUUGUAGGUCUUUUGAGCUAAAGGGAAAUCCCUUGAAAAAGUCAAGGCGUUUGUUGGGAGGAAAGAGAUCUUUUUCAAGUGUAGAUGUUGAAGGAAACAUUACUGCUCAACCUGCCAAUCUCAUUGAAAAUGCAUCUGUUAAAGUUGAGAAAAUCGGGGACCUGACCCCUGUCCAAGAUUUUGAAGCAUUGAUUUCACGCAGAGAUGGUCCUGAUUGGGUUGUAAAAGCGAUUAAUGAAAUGAAAAAUAAAAUAUUUGACCUGGUGGAGGACUCACAUGAAGGUGAUAACUAUCCUAAAGCAUUGGAGUGUUUAGUUGUGCUUCGCAAGGGUUGUAUCCUUGAGCAGGAACCAAAACAAUUCAACGAUUUCCUUAGACAUCUAUGUAAUUUCUGUCGAGAGAAAAAGCUUAAUAGUUUCUGUGACUAUCUUGCUUCAGAGGGACUCGCGUUGAUCCCCAAAACAGAAGCUAUAGACAGUGAAGUUACUGAUGAUGAAGCCAGAAGUUUCUUGGUUAAAUCUGAAUCAAAAGUUGUUUGAUUUCUUCGCUAUAUGUGCUCAAAUAUCUGAGACCUUCAUUUUUCUGCCUCUGUAACAGUAAUGAUUAGAUGUCUUGUAUAAACAACUGUUUUGGAAAAACUAUUGUAAUACAUUGUAAAUUUUAUCUGUACUCACCUGAGAUUCUGAUUUCUGACGCUUGAAUUCAUUUUGGGUAUCAUUAUUUGGCAACCUUAA